GCGAACUUCUCACAUCAAAAAAACUUUCGACAUCAACAUCCACCAUGCUGCGCAAACAAGCCCGACAAAGGCGGGAUUAUUUGUAUCGCCGUGCGAUAACUCUUCGCGAUGCAGAAACCUCAGAAAAACGCUCGAAGUUGAGGGCAUCACUCGCCACAGGCAAACCGCUUGCUCCCGAGAUUGCAAACGACAAGAAAUUACGAGAAGAUUACAAGUACGAUGAGUCCCGGGCUGAUUUGACGGCAAAUGAGGAACUGGACUUAGACGACGAGUAUGCGCAACUCUCCGGAAUUGUCGAUCCACGAGUUCUAGUCACAACGUCAAGAGAUCCCUCCUCGCGCCUAUCGUCCUUCGCCAAAGAGAUUAGAUUGCUUCUCCCUACAUCCAUUCGCCUAAAUAGAGGAAAUUUGGUUUUGGGGAAUCUGAUCCAGUCCGCCCAGGCCUCUGGACUUUCCGACAUGAUCCUACUCCACGAACAUCGCGGAACGCCCACAGCCAUGACAUUGUCGCACUUUCCUCACGGCCCAACAAUUUCGUUCUCUUUACAUAACGUCGUCUUGCGCCAUGAUAUCCCAAACAGCUCUCGUGGAACCGUCAGCGAGUCAUACCCCCACCUCAUCUUCGAAGGGUUCACGUCUCGUCUCGGACAGCGCAUUGUGAAGAUCUUGAAGCACAUCUUCCCUCCCCGUGAGGCGGUGACAAACAGGACAAAGCUUGGCAGCAGGGUUGUGACCUUCAAGAACAUCGAAGAUACGAUCGAGGUGCGACACCAUGUGUUCGUCAAGACCGGAUACCAGAGUGUGGAAUUGGCAGAGGUUGGCCCGCGUAUGAGCAUGCGGUGCUUCGAAAUUCGCGGCGGCACAUUGGAGAAUAAGGAUGGCGACGUCGAGUGGAGGAUGAACCAAUACACUAGGACGAGUAAGAAGAAGGAUUAUCUGUGAGGGUCGGGGUGAUGGAUCUACAUAGCGCGGCGUUGGGGAAACGGUAGGACAACUUACGAAUGAAAACGGAAAUUUCUCACUACAACUCCCUCACCGUCAUGAUAAGAAGCACCCAGCCGCGCAGAGUGUCAACUAUCCAGGGAAACGCCCAAAUGGUUGCUGCAAUCCUGCUUGCCUCGUCGACUACAACUGGAGCGUAUACGUUCAAGGGCAUGGCGAUGGUAGGGGCAAUCGGAAGUGCAUAUGAAAGGCUGGCUUGAUGGCAACUUUGAGAGCAUAUGGCGGCACUUCAUCUUGAUAUAAAUGCCAGCUCCCUGGGCGCCCUUUGAGCCAACGCUGCAUUGUAGUCUCAGGAGAAACCCUCCUGUAUGCAUAGCGGGCAUGCCGCAAAACCCGAUUCCGAAGUGGCUUCAAAGAGUUCAACGUAGAAACUUUUACACCGUUGGACUGAGACACAAUAGAGCGAAUUGCCUUUGCCAUGCUUUCCGUCCUCUGCGGAAUACUGCAUAGUUUGGCAGUGAGAGGCCUACGCCGUCCAGAACACACGACUACGCUGCGCUGUUAGGUACUAAAUCAAGGAUUACAUAGAUAGUAUCAUGUACGGGGCGCAGCUAUGAAGAACACUA